AUGAGCCUUGCUCUAGAUAUUGUGGUCAAUAGCACGCUACGUACGGACCAAGGACCAGGUCGCUCCUGCUGUCAUCCUCUUGUCUUGAGCGACAGCGGUAUUGAGGGAGACAUAGUCGUCUCUGGAAAUGACAGACAGCGUGCUAUUAAUCAACGCAUCAAAGUGACAUUCGAAGACGCACGAGGACGAUGUUCCCGAUUAUACCACAUGCAAACAACGCGAAAGCUCGUAUAUGCCACUCAGAUACUUCUUUAUCAGAACGUCGAUGUCAAAGAUUCGAGUGAUCAUUUGAAGUUUCAGUUCAUGGUGCCGCGUCAACCACUUCCAUCUUUCACCACCACUGACGCAGACCUGGGCUCACUUCACCAGCUUCCCAGCUCUCUUUUAAUCAAUUUCUCGCAGCCCAGUCAACGGGACCCGAGUUUAUGGUACAAGGGCUGCUGUCACAUCAAGUAUCAAAUAUGCGCACAGCUCUUUCGAGACGCAUAUUGUGUUGCAGAGGAAGUCAGGCCCAUCAACCUCUUCACUUGUGCGGAGCAGCAACCACCCGUGGCCACGGAACACUUUCCGGAUGAAUACACGGUUCUGGCUUCAACGCUGCUGCGCAGUCGGUUCCUAUUCCGCGCAGUCGGGAAGUUGUCUAUCUCAGCCGAAGAACCUCAACCACUAAUGUUUAAGCCUGGAAAGUUUGGCGUGUCAACUACGGUAAAGUUGAGAGCACGAUACAUGCCAUUUGACCAAACCAGCAAAUGCGCCCAUAUUGCUCCGCCUCCUCUCAUCUGUCUCAUUGAGUCUACGCUUCGAGCCAUGACAUUCAUAUCCGUCGAGCCCCAGGUACGUGUGCCUACUCGCCGUGAUGCUUCAAGCUCUCCAGUCACCACAGAGGUCGUGGACAUUGGUACCUGCCACACCCAAAAGGAAGUCUUUAGCGCAUGGAUGCAGCCGUUGUCCCAUUCAGGUACAGUAUUUUCGUCUUCUUUUGGGGUGGGGGUGCAGGAAGUCUAA